GCCGGUUUGGCGCUGUCCGCGGACGCUCAAGUAGCGGUAGAAUCAUCCAUUUUAAUGGAAACCUUGCAGAACCUGAUCUGGGUUCGGAUGGUUCUGGGUUGAUUUGGGACCCAGCGGACAUUCUGCUCUGUCUGAACUGGGUAAACGGGUUUUCUCGGCCGCUGGAGGCGCUGACGGUCCGGACUGGAAUCCCGUUAACGGACCGCUUUUAUCGGGUUCGGUCCACCGUGGAACCGUUCUGAGAACCGGACCAGAACCGAACAGGAUCUGCUUGGGAAUUGUGGGAGGCAGAUCCGGGUCAGAAGGACGGUUCGGUUCAUACUGUGGAAGCUGAACUGGGAUUGUUCUGGAGCGGAUGGAGGGACACGUGACGUGGUGCUAGCGCGUCCAUCGGUCCGGUUCGGUUCGGCCCGGUUCAUCCGGAACUUCAUGAUCCAGCCGCAGGGGAGCCGCCUGGUCGCCGGGCUGUUCUGCCAGUGCCGGUCCGCGGAGACCCACGCGGGCGUGGACCCGGGCGGGGGGACCCCGGUCUCCCGGCCCGGUUCGGACUCCCGGCCCGGUUCGGACAUCCCGGACCAUGCGUGCGACGUGUGUGGCGGUCCGGAGCAGGAGCACCGGCUGAAGGUUCUGUUCGAGAUCCUGGACGUGAACCGGGACGGAGGGAUCUGCGUGAACGACCUGAGCAUCGGGCUGAGGAGGCUGGGGGUCCACCGAACCGAGCCCGAACUGAGGCGCAUGGUGUCGGCCGGCGAUAAGGAUCUGGACGGCCAGCUGGACUUCCAGGAGUUCGUUCAGUACCUCCGGGAUCAUGAGAAGAAGCUGCGGCUCGUCUUCAAGAGUCUGGACAGGAAGAACGACGGCCGGAUCGAUUCGCAGGAGAUCAUGCAGUCGCUGCGGGAUCUGGGGAUCCACCUGACGGAGGAUCAGGCCGAGGAGAUCCUGAGGAGAAUAAGGGCGGGGUUCAUCUGGACCCCAGUCCUGCACAUGGAUAGAAACGGCACCAUGACCAUCGACUGGGACGAGUGGAGAGACUACCACCUCCACCCGGCCGACAACAUCCCCGAGAUCAUCCUGCACUGGAAGCACUCCACGAUCCUGGAUGUUGGCGAGAGCAUCGUCGUCCCGGACGAGUUCACCGCGGAGGAGAAGAAGAGCGGCAUGUGGUGGCGCCACCUGGUGGCCGGAGGAGGCGCCGGCGCCGUGUCCCGGACCUGCACGGCGCCGCUGGACCGACUGAAGGUUCUGAUGCAGGUCCACGCCUCCAAAACCAACAGCAUGCGCAUCGGCAGCGGCUUCCUGCAGAUGAUCCGCGAGGGCGGCGUCCGCUCGCUGUGGAGAGGAAACGGCAUCAACGUGAUCAAAAUCGGUCCGGAGUCCGCCAUCAAGUUCAUGGCCUACGAGCAGAUUAAACGGCUCAUCGGCAGCAACCAGGAGACCCUGGGAAUCUCGGAGAGGUUCGUGUCGGGAUCUCUGGCUGGGGCGAUCGCCCAGAGCAGCAUCUACCCCAUGGAGGUUCUGAAGACCCGGUUGGCGCUGAGGAAGACGGGUCAGUACUCUGGGAUCCUGGACUGCGCCAAACACAUCCUGCAGAAGGAGGGCGUGGCGGCGUUCUACAAGGGCUACGUCCCCAACAUGCUGGGCAUCAUCCCGUACGCCGGCAUCGACCUGGCCGUCUACGAGACCCUGAAGAACUCCUGGCUGCAGCGCUUCGCCACGGACAGCGCCGACCCGGGAGUCUUUGUGCUGCUGGCCUGUGGCACCACCUCCAGCACCUGCGGGCAGCUGGCCAGUUACCCGCUGGCGCUGGUCCGGACCCGGAUGCAGGCGCAAGCCUCGCUGCAGGCCGGCCCCCAGCUCUCCAUGUCAGCGCUGUUCCGGCUCAUCGUCCGGACGGAGGGCGCGCUCGGCCUCUAUCGGGGCCUCGCCCCCAACUUCAUGAAGGUCGUCCCGUCCGUCAGCAUCAGCUACGUCGUCUACGAACACCUCAAGAGGUCGCUGGGGGUCCAGUCCAGGUGAACCGGUCCGGAUCGGACCGAUCACCCGGUUCCAUGUGGUUCUGGAUCAUUGUGAACCGGUCCUGGUUCUGAUGGACUGUCUCAGCUACUCUGGGUCUGAGGUUCUAGAUCAGAACCAGAACCGCCCGGUACCAUAUGAGCGGGAUGGAUUCCCUCCAGAACUUGACCCUGAUCAGAACCAGAGGGUCGGGUUGGGUCGGCAGAACCUCAGCGGCGCCACGAGGAUACUUUGACUCCGUCACCAUGGCAACCAUUCUGUCAUUUCCGGUCACAUGAUCACAGCAUGAGGCGUUCAAGUUCCAUGGGAAAACUGAGAAACUGUCCUGAUCAUAGAAACCAGAAACACUCAACUCACAGAUCCGAUUCCCUACCGGACCGGACCGGCCGGAUCCGAACAGACCGGGCCAAACCGAACCGGCCGGAUCCGAACGGGCCGGGCCGAACCGGCCGGAUCCGAACAGACCGGGCCGAACCGAACCGGCCGGAUCCGAACGGGCCAGGCCGAACCGAACCGGCCGGAUCCCCAUCUGGUUUCUUUUAUUUAUUUCAGUAUUUAUUGGUUUGGCUGAUCAUGAUGACACUGAUUGUUUGGACCGAACCAGAAGGUUCUGCUGAAAACUGAAACUCUGAAUGUUUUCAUUAUCUGACCCACCAGAACCAUCUGACCCACCAGAACCAUCAGAAUAAAGGCUGGAAUGUUGCA